GGGACACGAGAGCACCUAUGCCCCUCAGAGGACAGAGGAGCGCCCAAGCUGCUGGAGGCUCCUUGGGGCCUCGGAGCAGAGCACACCGACAGCCACGGGCACUGCUACCACCUCCUGCCAGGAGCCAUGUGCACAUCCAGGCUCUUCACCCUGGUCCUGGUGGUGCAGCCGCCCCGCGUCCUGCUGGGCAUGAAGAAACGUGGCUUUGGAGCCGGGCUGUGGAAUGGCUUCGGGGGGAAGGUGCAGCCCGGGGAGAGCAUCGAGGAGGCUGCUCGCAGGGAGCUCCUGGAGGAGAGCGGACUGACAGUGGACACCUUGCAGAAGAUGGGCCAGAUCACAUUUGAAUUUGUAGGCAACUCUGAACUCAUGGAUGUUCACAUUUUCCGAGCAGAUAAUUUUCAUGGAGAGCCAACGGAAAGCGAUGAAAUGCGUCCACAGUGGUUUCAGCUGGAUGAGGUGCCGUUCAAUCACAUGUGGGCAGAUGACAUCUAUUGGUUUCCCCUGGUGCUUCAGAAAAAGUUGUUUCGUGGCUAUUUUAAGUUCCAGGGACAAGACACAAUCCUGGAGCACACUCUGAAAGAAGUGGAGGAAGUUUAAGAAAACGGAAGCAUUCAACCCACGCGCUUCUGCCCACACUGGGCUAACACCACCAUAAGUACUAUUCAUAAGGGUCUCCUUUCUCAACUCUCCAGCAAAGGAGGCUUAUUUGCCAUGUCACUGGGAAGUUAAGGAAAAUAAGGGGGUUUCUUACAGCAAAAAUAAAAGUAACGAGAUUUUGCAUGCUGUGAAGUCCCCGGCUGUGGUAUACUUUAGCGGUUAUGUGAUCACAACUAUUAAAAACUUAGUGUUAACCCUUUUCUUUGCAGGUGGCUAAUGCUUUAGGCUUUUCCCUUGU